UGUCACGAAAUAUCAAGAGACUCUGGUUGUGCACUCGAACCCAUGUACAGAAUACUGCGAGUCGAAUCUACAUCCUUUGGAUUCCAUGCUUAGAGAUUCGAGGCACUACCUAGAUUAUUUCACCUCGGUGGGUGGGCCUGAUCAAUUUUGAAGAUGAAAAUCCGCCCCCUUAUUAAACUAUUCUUUCCACUUUCAAGUUGCAGCCUCCACCAGGCACUUUCACCUUACAAAAAUUUAAUCAAAGAAUUUUCAUGCAACAUAAACACAUGAAUCAUGAUGCAUAAGGCCUUUGUUUUUUUCCCAUCUUCUUCAGUGGAGGUGUGUUGUUUAUGUUAUUAUUCAGUUGACCACAUAAAGAAUAUUUGAUUAUCUAUGACAAGGAAGUGCAAAGCUAUUCAGUUGAUAACCAUGAUUAGGAUCGCAUAAGUCGACUUACUGGACUGUUACUGUAAUGGAAAGCCAACAAAUAUUCCCAAAGUAUUGACAGCCAAAGUGUCAGCUAGUGUUGAAGCUUAUCUAGUUGCGGUUUCUGAGAUCUUAAUCACAAAAACCAAACCCAGUUAGUUUAAGACAUGUGAAACAUGUUCUUUUGUUUUUGGAUCUGCACUGCACCUGGACAGGCGUGGCUGCCAUAGACUUUGUAGGGAAAAUUUUUUUUUUUUUCUUGAAAAUUAUCAACUGGGCAAUACAUUUGUCCUCCCUUUUGGGGAAGCAAAGGUUGGCCAUUGGCGAAUAAUACUUAGCUGGGGUUCUCAUGUUAGAUUUCGCUUUUCAAGUAGCCAAGGAGUGGACGAUGCUCUGAUUUUCUACUGGAGGUGGUGAGUUGAUUCGUUCUGGGCACUGUAAGAUAUCUUUAUUUUUGAUCUGAAAUGAGAACUCUGUGGUUUCUUCUGUUAUUGUGUAUCUAUUUGGGCGUGAUUUCAAGUGGGCACAGUAAGAAUGUUACCUCAAGACCAUCUGUUGUUAAUGUUGGUGCUAUUUUUACAUUCUACUCUACCAUUGGUAAAGUUGCCAAGAUUGCCAUUGAAGAGGCUGUGAAAGAUGUCAAUUCUAAUUCUAGCAUUCUUCCUGGCACUAAACUUAAUAUAACAAUGCAAAAUUCCAAUUGCAGUGGGUUUCUUGGCAUGGCAGAAGCUUUGCAAUUUAUGGAGACUGAUAUCGUUGCCAUCAUAGGCCCUCAAUGUUCUACAGUUGCCCACAUUAUUUCUCAUGUUGCAAAUGAGCUUCAAAUUCCUUUACUAUCAUUUGGGGCUACUGACCCCUCUCUUUCUUCCCUUCAGUUCCCCUACUUUGUUAGGACAACACAGAGUGAUUCUUACCAGAUGGCUGCAGUAGCUGAGAUUGUUGAUUAUUUCGGCUGGACUGCUGUGAUUGCCAUCUUUGUUGAUGAUGAUUAUGGACGGAAUGGAAUAGCUGCAUUGAACGAUAAGCUUGCAGAAAGGCGCUGUAAAAUCUCAUAUAAGGCAGCGAUCCCCCCGGUAUCUGGAGGGAAUCAAAAUGAUGACAUCAUGGAUCUACUCAUUAAGGUUGCAUUGAUGGAAUCCCGUGUUAUUGUUCUGCAUGCUAGUAGAGAUGCGGGUUUCAGGGUUUUCUCUGUGGCAAACUAUCUUGGGAUGAUGGGUAAUGGGUAUGUAUGGAUAGCAACAGAUUGGCUCGCUUAUGUUUUAGAUACUAAUUCUCCUCUCCCAUCAGACACCAUGGACAAAAUGCAAGGAGUUCUUGUUUUGCGUCAGCACACACCAGAUUCAAAGAGAAAGAAAGCUUUUCUUUCUAGGUGGAAGAAUUUAACUGGUGGCUCUUUGGGGAUGAAUUCUUAUGGUCUUUAUGCUUAUGAUUCUGUUUGGCUGUUAGCUAAUGCUCUUGAUGCAUUUUUUAAUCAGGGUGGGAUUAUCUCAUUCUCUAAUGAUUCUAGAUUGCGUUCUAUGGAAGGCAGCAGUCUUCACCUUGAGGCAAUGAAUGUUUUCGAUGAUGGACCACAAUUGCUGAAGAACAUAUUGCAGAGUAAUACUCUUGGGUUGACAGGUCCUCUAAAGUUUAGUCCAGACAAGUCUCUUAUUUAUCCUGCAUAUGAUAUUAUUAAUGUGAUUGGAUCUGGGAUUCGACGGGUCGGUUACUGGUCCAACUAUACUGGUUUGUCAACUGUGCCUCCUGAAACACUCUAUUCAAAGCCACCCAACCGCUCAAGUACAAACCAGCAGCUAAAUGUUGUCAUCUGGCCUGGAGACACCUCGACAAAGCCCCGGGGAUGGGUUUUCCCAAACAAUGGGCAACUAUUGAAAAUUGGUGUUCCUAAUCGGGCUAGUUUCCGGGAAUUUGUAUCAAGGGUGAGAGGAACUGAUAUGUUUCAGGGGUUUUGCAUAGAUGUGUUUACAGCUGCUGUAAAUUUGUUGCCAUAUGCUGUCCCGUACCAAUUUAUCCCCUUUGGAGAUGGUACUUAUAAUCCAAGCUACACAGAACUAGUGAAUUCGAUCACCACUGGUGUUUUGGAUGCUGCUAUUGGUGAUAUAGCUAUUGUCACAAAUCGAACAAAGAUAGUGGAUUUCACACAACCAUAUGCUGCAUCAGGACUCGUUGUCGUGGCCCCUUUUAAGAAAUUGAAUACUGGAGCUUGGGCAUUUCUGCAGCCAUUCACUCGAUCAAUGUGGAUUGUCACUGCUUUUUCUUUCCUUGUUAUUGGAAUUGUUGUGUGGAUUUUAGAACAUAGGAUAAAUGAUGAAUUCAGGGGACCUCCUAAAAGACAGAUUAUAACCGUUCUCUGGUUUAGCUUAUCGACCAUGUUUUUCGCCCAUAGAGAGAACACUGUGAGCACCCUUGGCCGUGUGGUGCUAAUCAUAUGGCUCUUUGUAGUUUUGAUAAUCAACUCAAGCUACACUGCUAGUCUGACUUCAAUCCUCACAGUGCAGCAGCUCUCUUCUCCUAUAAAAGGAAUUGACAGCUUGAGAAAUGGUGAUGACCCUAUUGGAUUCCAGGAGGGUUCGUUUGCUGAAUAUUAUUUAAGUGAGGAACUCAACAUCUCGAAGUCUAGGCUCAUCUCCCUUCGUACACCUGAAGAAUAUGCUGCAGCACUCAAAAAAGGCCCCAAUCACGGAGGUGUGGCUGCUGUGGUAGAUGAGCGUCCAUAUGUAGAGCUUUUCCUCUCAGCCCAGUGCACAUUUAAGAUUGUAGGUCAAGAGUUCACCAAAAGUGGCUGGGGCUUUGCAUUUCCACGGGACUCUCCCUUGGCUAUCGAUUUGUCAACAGCAAUUCUACAACUAACUGAGAAUGGUGAUCUCCAGCGGAUCCAUGACAAGUGGCUCGUGAAAAGCAGUUGCAGCUUAGACAAUGCCGAGAUUGAAUCAGACCGACUUCAACUGAAAAGCUUCUGGGGUAUUUUCCUUAUCUGCGGAAUAGCUUGCUUCAUUGCCCUCUUAAUAUACUUUUGGCAGAUUAUAAACCAGGUGUGCAAUGCUCCUGCCGAAUCUGUUGCGACUGAGCAUGGCAGUGGUCGUUCUAGACGACUUCAGAGAUUUUUAUCGAUAAUGGAUGAAAAGGAAGAUGUAUCGAAGAGCAAGAGUAAGGGACUAAAAUCAGACAGAUCAUUUGAAAAUGAUAGGGAUGAGGAGUUAGGAAGUGGUAAGAGAAGACAUAUAGAUAUGGCCUCAGGAAGCAACAGCAGCUAAUGGCAAUUAACUUGGUUUUCUGCUUAUGCAUCCUCAAUUGUAUCAGUCAUUGCAUAUCAAGCAACAUUUAGAAUCAUAUUCAAGCACUGCAACUGUUCAUAUGUUUGUGCAAAAUUGCUUUCAACAGGAAUGGCUUAGAACAUUUGCCUUUGCAAGAUUUUGUCUUACAUACAUGUCAACUUAGUAAGAACACAUACAUUGUAAAGUAAUGAGUAUAUAUUCAAUCUUGAUUCUCUCCCUA